AUGCGCGCGAGUCCGGCGACGGCGCGCAGCUCGGGAGACGCCGCCGCGCCAGCCGGCACCAUGCGCCUGCGGCCGCUGCCCCUCGUCGUGGUCCCCGGCUUGCUGCAGCUGCUAUUCUGUGACAGUCAAAACGUGGUGCAUGCCACCGAGGGGCUGGAUUGGGAAGACAAGGAUGCUCCCGGGACCUUGGUUGGAAACGUGGUGCACUCAAGGAUCAUCAGUCCAUUGCGCCUCUUUGUGAAACAGUCCCCGGUGCCCAAGCCCGGUCAACUGGCCCAUGCAGACAGCAUGGAAAACUUCUGGGACUGGCUGGCCAAUAUCACAGAGGUUCAGGAGCCAUUGGCAAGAACUAAACGGAGGCCGAUAGUAAAAACUGGAAAAUUUAAGAAAAUGUUUGGAUGGGGUGACUUCCAUUCCAACAUUAAAACUGUCAAACUCAACCUCCUUAUCACGGGGAAAAUUGUCGACCAUGGAAAUGGAACCUUCAGUGUUUAUUUUCGACAUAAUUCUACAGGCCUGGGCAAUGUUUCAGUGAGCUUGGUACCCCCUUCCAAAGUGGUGGAAUUCGAAGUUGCCCCCCAGUCUACCUUGGAGACCAAGGAGUCCAAAUCUUUCAACUGCCGCAUUGAAUAUGAAAAAACAGACCGGGCAAAGAAGACCGCCCUGUGCAACUUUGACCCGUCCAAGAUCUGCUACCAGGAGCAGACUCAGAGCCAUGUCUCUUGGCUGUGUUCCAAGCCCUUCAAGGUCAUUUGCAUCUACAUUGCUUUCUACAGUGUUGAUUACAAACUUGUGCAAAAGGUCUGUCCUGACUACAAUUACCAUAGUGAGACCCCAUACUUAUCUUCUGGCUGACUCUUUCCACAGUGCUGGAACGGAGGCCCAUCUGUAUGUAAUCAGAAUGCCCCGGAACCAUGCCCGGCUCUUCAGGGCAAAGGAUCUCUUUUGUCUCUGGCAUUGGACUUAGUUCCCCAUCAGGUUUUCAGAUUUCGAAAAACCAGAAACAUAUUUGCGUGUGAAAUGUGUUUGUUUCAAUCCUAAGCCAUCUAAAGAGUAAAACUGCUUAUAAAACCAUCCCUUUAAUGUAAGAUGGCACAGUUCUAGAAAUAGUAUUAUUUCUCUAAAAGAAGUAUUAAUGGUUCGCAACAUGUGACAAGAAGGAUCCAAAUUAUGCAUGUGAUAAACAUUGCUCUUGAAAUGAGCCUGCCUUUGAAAUGUGUUUUGGAAGGUUAUUUUAAAAAUAGCAGAUUCGAAAAAGGAACUGAAAAGAUUGUAUUGGAUAGAUGAAUUGUGUUUCUGACAUUGAAUUCUUCUUUGAUUGCAGUCUUUUUCUCCACAUCUGUGCUGUUGUGGAUAGGAGAGAUGAAAUGAUAAGACUUGUUUCAAAACCCACGUGUGCAUGUGCCGCGCCACGGUGGAACGAGAUUCAUCCUUAUUUGAGGUGGAGCUGCGGGGGCUGCGAUUGCAACUCUGGGUCUUGUGUUGGUCACCGUCCUCAGAUUUCUUAUCUGAGGAAUAACAUUGGCACAGCGGUGGCAAGGGAAUUAUUGGAAAAGACAAAUAUGGAUAUAUUUUACAUCAGUUCAAUAAUAAGGAAAAUCAUAGGUCAAGUUGUUUUCAGACACAUUUUUUAGACUCUCGUGCCAAAUUCAAGACUGGCAGAUGAUCACAAACCCUAGAAUAUUAACUGCCUGCACCCUCUAAGCAUUAGUUACAUUAGAGUCUAAUGUAUAACUUCCUUCUAUUUAUUUGUCUUUUAAUGCUGUGUGUGUGUGUGUGUGUGUGUGUGUGUUAGACAUCGGAAAUCAAGAAAAGGUGAUUGAUUGUUUCCAAGGUUAGAAUGGGAACGAAUCAGAACAUCAAAAGCAAACUCGGGGUCCUUGUUCGUAGCCGCUCAGAUUCCGCUCUCCUAAGAAAUGGUUCUUGCUGAGUCGACUCCCACUUGUAACGAGUAACCCCACAUGUGUCAGAGUGCAAGUGUGCUCCGGUAGGGUGUUCAGUGGCUGGUUGUUUGGGUGGGGUGUUGGUUACAAGAGUUGGGCCAUGAUCCGCAUAGCCUGAAGUUAGAAACCACCAGGGGCCCCAUCGGAUGAAGACUGAGCUUUCUACUCCCGUAAACAGUUAACUUCGUGGAAGCCACAGGGGGACGCGAUGAGGCAGCACUGGCUCGAGAUGGGUUUGUUUUGAGUUUUUUGGAAGUAGAUGACCAGGCCUUUCUUCGACACCCUUUCUGGAUGAAUCCUAACCUCCAAUCUUUACAGUUAGCUUAUUAAUGGUUUACACCACUCUUGACUCCAAGUUUUUUCUUAGAUUUAGUUAAUUAUUCAAAUGGAGGAUCAAAUUCUAUGUGGAACUAUCAUGUUUGCUAAUUACUAAGUGUUGAUAAGUAAGAUCCAUGAUUCAACUCGGUUUUUCAGAUUAUUUCCAAAUAAUGUUACUUUCCAAAGCGUGAAGAACCCUAGUGGCACAUGGGCUAAGCACAAGGUGGACUGUCCAAAUCCACCAGCGCUCUGUGGGAGGAGAAAGACUGGGUGGUCUGCUCCCGUAAUGAGUUAGUCUCAGAAGCCCUAAGGAGCGGUGGACGCUGUCCGGUAGUGUCACGGGGACUUGAAAUCAGCCAGGUGGCACUGCGUUUGGUGCGCAUUCUAGCCCGUGGUGUUGUGUCGUCUUCUCUGAGGGGUAGUGAGUUGUAAUCCUAUAUCGGAACACGAGAUCCUCUUAUUAAUGCAGAAAAGGGUGUUGGUUGAUCAGCAAAAAGUCUUUUAGAAGAGUCAUAGAAGAGUUAUUCGUUGUGUAAUAGUUGGUCACUCGCUCCCCUCUUCUUUGUAAAAUAUCAAAUGAAGGUGAAACAUUAAAUCUCGGACUAAAGAUAAGUCUUGACCAGCAGAAAUGGUUGAACUGCGUUGUUCAAAGAGGCCACAGCUCCGUUUUCUCUCUCGUGUCUCCAUCCCUUUCCGUUCACUGGUGAUGACCGCACAGUGUUCCAGUUGGUCUGUUGGUCUAAAUCGUACUAGCUUAGUGUGUGGUAGUCACGCGUGAAGUUGUCGCUCUGAACUCAAAGAUGCUGUGGUGAUUUUGUGCUUGGUGAGUGCUAUUUUGAGACACCUUUUUAUUUUCAUCUACAAACAGAAUUAAAAUGUUGCUUAUUGUACAGUAUGUGGGAGCUAGCUAUGUACAUAUACUUAGAAUUUUUUGUGUACAAAGAAAGUAUGUGUACACAUUUCUAUGUAAAUAAAAAGAAUUUGCUAAAUCUGUCA